AUGAAACGAAAGUAUAAAUCAGGAUCUGCAAAAAGGGCGGAAAAGAGAAGAAGUAUUCAAAUAGCUACCCAAAAUACAGCUCCUAUAGCCUCAUUCUUUGAAAAAGCUGAAAAUGUUGAAAGUGAUGCUGAAGAUACUCCAUCAACAUCUUCUUUGGCUGAUGAAGCUCAAUUAAGUACAUCAAAUGAAGGUGUAGACAGUGGGAGCAUGAAGAAAAAUGCUGAAACUUCUGAUGAUCAAUUAGGACUUUUCAAUCUGGUCAAUGAAUACCCUACUGACAGAAGGCACUUCCCAUCCUCAAUUGAAGAAGGGGAUUUAAAGAGACUUAUUCUUAGUCAUGGCCCAUGUAAACCUGAUGGACCAUUUACAGUGGAAGACGAACAAGGUAACAACAACAAACUUCAAAACAUCAUAUUAUCAACUCCACAGCAAGAACAAAAUGUGCCCGAGAUCAUGGCUUUGUUAUUCACCAAUAUUAGCAAAACCAUACUGUGAAAAUUGCUGCCUUUUUGCUGAUCGAAAUCAUCCACGUUUUGGGUUGCAAAGUGCAUGGGUAGAUGGAGUUCAGAGCUCAAAAAAGUGAUUGCUAGCUAAAAUAAAGAAACAUGAAAACUCAUUGCUCCAUAUUGAAGCAUCUUCUGUAUAUCUUAGAUGGAAAGAAGGGAAGACAAUAAGUGACGAAUCCCAAAAGCAGAACCAACGUGAAACUAAUUUAUGGGUGAACGUUUUGAGAAGGGUUUUGGGUGUAAUUCUUUGUCUGGCCUCGUUAGGUCUUGCUUUGCGAGGACAUGAUGAAAAAGUAGGUGAAGGGCUUGCACAAGGAGGGAAUUUCCUGGGUGUGGUGACACUGUUAAGCGAAUUUGACACUAUUACUAAUAAUGCCAUCUCCUUACCUAAGUAUGCAACUCGAUACAUGAGCCCCCAAAUCCAGAAUGAACUGAUUCUAACAACAUCUCAGCUGCUGCGAAAGUCUUUGGUCACUGAGAUAAAUAAAUUUCCAUUUUGGUCAAUUGUACUGGAUACCACAAGUGACAUAAACAGAGUAGAUCAGCUCAGUGUCAUUGCUCGGUGGGUUAAAGUACAAAACGAGAAUGUUACCAUUAAGGAAACUUUCCUUGGUUUUAUAUCUGUAACUGACGGAACAGCGGCCGGCCUCGUAGAAACAACAUGCAAAUAUGUCGAAGAUAUUGGACUUGACAUGGAAAAGCUCCGUGGUCAAGUUUACGACGGGGCGAGUCUCAUGAGUGGUGUUCACAAUGGCGUACAAAAGCUGAUAAAAGAUCGUUCAUCAAAGCCUGUGCCAUUCAUUCAUUGUGCAGCACACAAUCUAAACCUUGUUAUAAAUAAUGCCGUAAAUUCCGUUGUUGAUAACGAUAACUUUUUCGGAGUUAUUCAAUCCAUUUACGUAUUUUUCUCAUCGUCCAUAAAUCGGUCAAGAGAUUUACAGUUGCUCGCUGUUGACUCGUCCUUGUCUUUAAAAAAGCUCUGCGUUACCAGGUGGUCGUCUAGGGUAGAUUCGGUCCAUGGAGUGCGGGACAGAUUUGUUGACAUUUUGAAGCGACUGACAGUCAUUUCGUUGACUAGCAAGGAUAGAAAAGAACGUGAUGAAGCAGUUGGCAUCAAGAGGAACAUUGCAAAAAUUGACUUUAUCAUAAAUCUAGUUCUCUGGGAGAGAAUUUUGUCAUGUACCAACCAGGCGCGGAUCCAGUGGUUUUGUUGACUGAUGCACUAAACCUCGCAUUUGUAGGGGGGUCCGGGGGAAUCCUCCCCCGGGAAAUUUUGAAAUCUAGGACCUCGGAAAUGCGAUUUCCUGCGUUCUGAGGGAGCUUUUCUACGAAGUUCACACUUCAAAAUCGAAACGUAAUUUGCUGGAUUUUCGGGGAAAAAACGUAAAAAAUCGGCCUUAUAGAGUGAGAACAACAUAAUCAUGUGAGUUUUAAAAUAAAUUGAAAACAUUUUUACGCGGAGUUUUAUCAGAUCGAAACUUGACUAGCCUUAUUUAUUUGAUCCUAUUUGAGUGAGGAUUAUAGAGUAGCAAAGCUGUAGCUAUAAUUUACAAUUUUACAUACAAGUGUACACUACUUACGUGUACACAACAUACUGAUAGAAUAAUUGAAAGCAAAACCACAGACAUUUUUUCUGUGUAAAAUAUGGUGCAAAUGACAUGAAAAGCUGAUCAGGGUUGUGUUUCUUAUGCAAAAUAGAUAAGAAUACUUCAAACAAACUAUUAUAUUCAUUGCCAAUGAUAUCACUUCCUGCAACUUAUCACUUCCUGUUACCAGUUAACACCAAUCAGUAUAACAAUGUUCCAGGUCAAAUACCUUCCAGCAGCACCACCAUGACAUAAAUUCCGGUUAAAUUAUUUUAAUAAUCCAGGAUUAAUUCCAGGGCAACUUUGAGUUACUGUAUAUGAAGGCCCUCUCUGGAGCUAGUCACUCUAAUAUUUAUGGAUGCAUUUAUAUCCAACAUUUUGACAAAUGCAGUUUGAAUUUUUAAAUACUGUAAGAUUAUGUAAUAGUAGGUAAUAGUUUUCAUUGUUGCUGAGCAGUUAAUAAUACAAAUAAACAAUUAUUGAAACUAUUUGCAGAAAAUAGAUUAUUCUACUGUAUUUGAAGUCUGGAUAUCUACAAUACAUUGACCAAUAUAUCUCCACAGAUUUUGCAUUGAAUCCCAAAUUACAGUACAUUCAGGAGAGUGUCUAGGACUACUGUAUGUAUCCAAAACUGCUGUUUUAAGAUAUUAAGAAUAGACAGGGAGAAGUGCAUGUUAUGGACUUGGUAGGUAUCUGAUUGCAUGAGCAGGAUAAGCAAGCUUCAGUAACAGUGGCAGUGCAGUAUAUUGUGAUCAACUCAAUUAGUACAUUGACUUAUCAAUGAAAGUGAGAUAAUUUAUCAAUUUAUACAUUAAUGUAUUCUAUGCAAUGACCCUUUGUUGUAUUGAAAAUAAAUGAUAGAAUGAUCAGAACAGUAAUUUGGUCCCAUAACUGCUAAUUAGACUGGUACAUUUAAAAUGAACACCUUGUGCUGAGCCAUGGUCAUGAGAAUGGUAUAAUUUAAAGGCAUAUGAACAAUGCCAGGAAAAGCAUCACAAAUUUGAGGGGCCGAACUUGAUAGAGCCCAGCUAAAUUUAUUCCCUUCCUAAACAUGUGAAUCCCCUUUAUUUUCAGCAUCACAAUAAUUUGCCGGUCACCCCCUGUGCCUCUCCCCUCACCUUGGCAGGGGCAACCCUGAUACAUGUAAUGCCAUUUAGUGUGAUUGAUGGCUUCUGGUACUAGUGAUGAUUCUGGAACAAUAGAGAUAAUAUAUAACUGAACUAAUCUCACUAUCACCAAACAUUGCCCUUUCAAGAGCUUACCAUUUCCAAUAAUUUGCCGGUCACCCCCUGUGCCUCUCCCCUCACCUUGGCAGGGGCAACCCUGAUACAUGUAAUGCCAUUUAGUGUGAUUGAUGGCUUCUGGUACUAGGUGAUGAUUCUGGAACAAUAGAGAUAAUAUAUAACUGAACUAAUCUCACUAUCACCAAACAUUGCCCUUUCAAGAGCUUACCAUUUCCAAAAUGAUGCACAUACAGGGAUGGAUUUGGAUAUGGGAGGGAUCUAAUUAGGUGCCGGUAUUGAUGUCGGGUGUGAGCAUCAACCAAGGCAUGGUGUGUAAUCUUACAGAUAGCAGUGUUUUGGGGAAACAGCACCUAACAAGUAACCGGCCAAGUAACCGGCAGGUGCCAGGAAUAUAGCUGCUAGCAAGGGUUGCAGGAUCCUAGACAGAGUCCCUUAGACUGUAAGAAUCUCAGGGAGAACUGCAAAAUAUUAUGAAGCAUCUAGAUUCAAUUUGCAUUUUCAGACAAAUUAAGACACAACCUCCACCCCCCCCCCACACACACACUAUAUAAUGGCUGAAUGGCAUAUUGAGUGUUUAUGGCUAUGUUUACAUUGUAUCGGAUCGGUUUUUGCUUCGUUCACGAAACGUUACGGCCCAAGUGUAAACAGCUUCCGUCCUUGCCCAUCUAAAUACAAAAAUAUUAUAAGUGAGCAAGCUAUACCCGCAAAUAAGAUUAGAAUAGCAAGUCUUUGUUUCCCAGAUGCCAUCUUGAGUCACGUAUUGAACCGAAAAUUGCUCCGAUUUGUGUUUACAUUACAAUGAGAGCGUUGCAAAAAGCGAUCCGAUACAUCGCGCACCACUUCGAAGAGCGAACCGCCGCACCACCGGUCCGUUGCAGAAAUUGAGACGAUAACAACAUUUCAUAUGUAAACAGAAGCCCUAUCCGGUAUGGUUUUUGCGUCGGACGCAAAGUGAUCCGAUACAAUGUAAACAUAGCCUAUAUGUGAACAGCCAAAACAGGAUCAUCCAUGUUGACAUAUUUAAAACAGUUCAAAUAUAGUAAAUUUUGUAAAAUUGUGAUAUUUAUACUACGACAAAUAUACCUAUUUCUACAGUAUUUAUUAUAAAUAUCAACACACAGUCACACACAGACUCACUCGUUUAAAUCUACAUCUAUAAACACAGUACACAGAUCCCAAACAUUCCCUUGUGAAAUUACUGAAAUAGCUGACAAACCUUUUAAUUGCGACGGCUUUGAGGCUCAGUGAGUUUGAGUGAACCACCAAAGAUCGUAAAAUAUUUCCAUACAAUGCGACAUACAAUGUUCCAUUAAUACUCCCGCCAUUAUAUAACAAUUCGACCAUAAAAUUUAUCACUGACUGUUCUGAUUGCGGGCGAAAUGCAUCAGUCAAAAGCGCAUUAUUUGAUCGCGGGCUAAACGCAUCAGUCAGCAUCCAUUUCCCAACGUUACGUAGGCAUGAAAACAAUGGUUUUCGUGACGUGUCGUUGGGAAAACUCGGCCAAAAGACUCGGGACCGAUGCGCCACUGAUGCACUUUUCUCCCCAACGUGACGUAGUGAUGCACUGCCGGCCCCAACGUGACGUAGUGAUGCAUACACUGAGCUGUAAUAAUAGUGGAUGCAUCAAACUAAACACCGACAUAUGUGGCGAAAUAAAGCCGCGACACAAAAUCGUACAACUUGAUAUGUGCGAAAUUUGAUAUGCGUUUACGUUUUUCAUAAUAUUUUGCGAAAUAUAGCUGUGUUUACAUUCAUUGCUGUGAAAAUAUAUUGUUUUAAAGGACUUUCGAUCAAAGACAAACAAUAUUUAAAUAUAUUUUAAUAAAAUGUUGACAAUUCUCGUUCGUGUGAAAAGUUUGACUGAUGCAUUCGCAUCAGUUGCAUCAGUCUGGAUCCGCGCCUGGUACCAACUCCACAUCAAAGGAACUGCAAUCGAAAAGUGUCGACCUCAGUGCCGCUUCCAGACUUUUAUCCAUUAGUUUGUCAGAACUAAGGUAUUUGCGAAAUUCAUGGGAGUCCGUUCGAAUGAUCGCAAAUGCCCUUGCUGCAUCAUGGGGUAUUCCCAUUGAGUUUGAGAAACGACGUAAGCGUGGGGUAAAACAGUUCUUCGACGAAUUGGCUUCCGAUUCUAGGAUCGAGGAUUCAGAAAGAGCUUUUAAAAUAAACGUCUUUUACAGAACCAUUGAUGUUGCUGUAACACAGAUAGAAGUGCGUUUUAAAGGAAUGCAAAUGGUCGCAGAGAAAUUUGAUUUUCUGUUCCCAAGAAACUUCGUCAAACUGGAGGUCGCCGAAAUUAAAGUAUGGCCCUCGAACUUACUACGUGUAUAUGGCGAAGACUUUGAUGGUGAUGACCUGGAAAGAGAGGUUCGUUCGUUUCAAGUUGAAUUUCUUGACGAAUUAAAAGCGGAAGACGUUACCUCGGUAUCAAGCAUUCUUGAAAUCAUUUACAAAGCCAGAAUUGCUUCCUCCUUAGCAAAUUGCUAUUGUUAUUCCUAA